CAGAUAUCGAUCCACAGGACUCGUGAUUUUAGCUGAGAUGUUACUGGCUCUCCGUUACAGUCACAAAGACAUGACACCACAUAGCAAUCUAACAUGUAGCUAAUAUCUUUUGUUGUUGUGUUGAAAGCAUUCUAUAGUACUGUGCUCUGCUCUGGUCUUUAGUUGGAGGUGAAACACAGUUUGGUAUGUGUUUUAUAGUAGUGGGGAUAUUGCCUGCACCCUUAAUUGUGCGGACUCAGACUUGCAUGACCCAAAGGGACUUUAGAAUAGGUUUUCACCAGUAGGUUUUUGGUAAUACUCACUCAAAAAGGACUCAAGUAACUCAGCACAGUAUACUGAGUGAUCAGGAAGAACUAAAGUCUGUGCGGGCAGAGUUGUUUAAGGAUUUUUGCCAAAGAAUUCCACUGCUUAAUCAUACAGCCAUGCCCAACCUAUGCAAACUGUCCUUUCACUUUCAUUCAGUUUUUGGUUCAAACCAAGGCAUUCAUUCUUAAUUCAUUCUUGUAAUGCAUUAAUUCAUAGCACAAAUUUAUCUCUCUCUUUAUUCAGUAAGUUAUUGGUGAGGUGUACUGCAAUGUGUUCCAUUGCCUCAAAAGUUAAUCCCUGCUUUUUAGCAAGGUUUCAUCUGAAUUUCUGAAAUGGAAAAUCUGAAUGCACCUCUUCCACUAUACUCUUUUUUUUAUCAAAACUAAAAUGAGAAGAUGAAUGUCAUUCUUAUGCUUAUGUGUAAGCAGUUAGCUUAGCAUAGUGCAAAGAGCAGAAAUGGGGAAACAACUAGCUUUGUUUCUUUAGGUGAGAAAAUCCACUUACCAGCACCUCGGAAGCUCUAAGCUAAGCUAAACACUUGUAGGCUCUUACUUCAUAAUUAGCAUGCAAAUUUAUUGCGGCAACCUUUUUUCCAACAUGUUCUUUAGGCAUAAACUAACAAUGUCUUUUAGAUACUGAGAUACUGCGCUCACCAACCAUCUAUCAGUGACAUCAUUAGUUAUAGCUGUGACCUCAGCAACGACAGAGAGAGACGCCAGAGCCUCUUACUUAAAAUGGAUAUUUCAGAUACUCAAAAGGUUGCUGAUCCUGCUUGUUUGUCAUCAGAGGCCACAGAGAUGCAUUUUUUAAAACCACAUUACAUUGACGCUGACUCCAACACCCAUGUCAUAUGUUUCCACUUUUGCUGUGAUUGUAUUCCUCUUCAUUAUUCAUUCAAACAGAGUUGCAGCAGUGGCCAGCACUUGUAGCAAAUGCCUUCCAUGUGUCUCUAAUUGCCUCAGUAUUUAACACAAGGUGAAGUCAUUAACACAUGGGCACACUGUCAGAUGUGGAGCCAGGCGGCCCUGGGUGAAAGAGAAAACAACAGCACGCUAAAGCUAAUGCACCAUCCAGUGUGCCCGAUGAAGAAAUCUGAGAGGUUCCUCUCCAAUGUGCUGUUCAAUGAUCAUCAAGCAAAAAGCUGAAUACAGGGGCAGCCUGUCAUCAGGGGCAGCCUGUCAUCAAAGGCAGCGGGUCGCCCUUAUCACCCGCUGUCCCACAGGUGUAGAGCUCAGUUCACUCUCACUAAAAUGACAGCAGGAGCUCUUUGCCUCUGCCUCCUGCUGGCUCUCCAGCUGAGAUGCGUCACUCCGCUCGCUAUCCCACAGGACAGAGGCACAGCAGGGCAACAGGUGGGUUUGGACGCGACGAAAACGGUGAACGAGAAGCUGGACGCGUUGGUCCAUCUGAAGGAUUUACCUCGGGGUCCGGCAGUGGCCCCUCACAAGAAGGCGCCUCAGUUUAUGUUGGAUCUUUUUGACGCGGUGUCAGUCUCCAAUGGCACUCCGAAAAGCCAGAAGGAGAUUCUGGAGGGAAACGUAGUGCGGAGUUUCGAGGAUAAAGGCCAUACUGGAGAGAGGCUUCACUUCUUCAAUCUGUCGUCUUUCGGCAGAGACGAGAGGAUGAUCAAAGCGGAGUUCCGUUGGUUCAGAAAGAAACAGAAGUUCUACCUCGGAAAAUCAUAUGGACCUCAUUUCUAUAAGGUGGAUCUGUAUGAGGUACUGGACAGCCGGGUGAAGCCAUGGAGAGGAAACCUCAUUACCUCUAGACUUGUGCCCCUUUACACACAGGGAUGGGAAGUCUUCAAUGUCACUCAGACGGUGUCAAAGUGGAUCCGUAACAGCCAGGAGAAUAACGGCAUCCUUGUGGUGACCACGCUUCCCUCUGGUAACUGGAUGGAGUCAAUGACACACAUGACUGCCUACCUGGUCAUAUUCUCAGACGAUGAGAGGACAAGAGCAUUAAACCAAUCAUACCUUGGGCAAGCCCAACAAGCCCCUGAGCUCCACGACCACCGCAGCAGGAGACGGCGGGCGUCUCCACGUUUCUUGCCCGAGGGUCGCUCCCAGUCCUGCCAGCGGGUUCCCCUCUUCGUUGACUUUGAGGAGAUCGGCUGGUCUGGCUGGAUCAUCUCUCCCCGGGGGUACAAUGCUUAUCACUGCAAAGGCUCCUGCCCGUUCCCCUUGGGGGGAAAUCUCAGAGCGACCAAUCACGCCACUGUGCGCUCCAUCAUGCAUGCACUCAAGCUCUCUAGUGAUGAAGUGGGAGCUCCCUGCUGCGUGCCCGACAGACUCCAGUCCAUCAGUUUGUUAUACUUUGAUGAUGAGGAGAACGUGGUUUUGAAGCAAUAUGACGACAUGGUGGCGUUAAGCUGCGGCUGUCACUGACUGGCUGUGCACCAUUUGCACUUUAUAACACUGGAACAGAGAGGGAUGGGGAGAUGAUGGCUUACUUGAGUUGAUCAGAAUACUGUAUUUUCGUGCAUAUGUUUAAAUAUUGUGUUAUUUUGACAAAUAAAACAACUAUUCCCCAA